AUGCGGAAGCCUGUGAAGGCAUGCCAGCUUUGUAUGGCGACUUCAUAUGCAACCGAUGAAUGUCCACAACUUUUCGAAGAUGAAGAGCUUAAUGCUAUUGGACAACAGCCAGGAGGAAACAACGGAGGGCAAAACCAGAAACCUUUUGAGCCCUACAGACAGCAGUACAACAAUCAAGGAUGGAGGCAACAUGAGAACCUUAGGUAUGGCAACAACAACUUUUUGGGGCCAAACCAAGGGCAGACGAGUAACCCACCACAAUACUCGCAACAACCUCAACAGGCAAGAGGAUCCUCCCUAUCAGAGCUCGUGCAUCAAAUGGCUCAGCAACAAGUGAAAUUCCAGCAAGAGACCGAAAAGUUCAUAAUGGAGACGAGAGGAGGAAUGCAGAAUGUGAACUCCCAACUAUCACAUCUUGCCCAAGCAGAUGCCAGACUCGAAAGCAAACAAGGAGCACUUCCAUCCCAAGUGGAGGUGAAGAAGGUGAAUGCCAUGACACUCAGAGGAGGAAAAGAGUUGCCCGAAGUUGCUAAAGAGAAAAACCAAGAAAAGCUGGAGAUCAACGAGCAAAUCGAAAUGGGGUCAGCAGAUGAGGAAGAAUUUGCCCUAGAGAGAGAGGCAAAGCGGAAGACGACAGGGAAGGGUAAAGAGAAAUCAAGCCAGACUGAGCCCUUACUCCCCUUCCCAGGCAGAAUGGCCAAGGAACAAGAGAAGGAAGAAUUAACCGAACUGGUUAAAAUCUUCAAGAAGGUGGAGGUCAAUAUGCCCCUUUUGGUCGCACUACGCUCUAUGCCCAGAUGUGCGAAAUUUCUCAAGGAACUCUGCACUAGGAAAGUCAAAUACACUGAUGAUGCAAAAUUUCAAGUGGGCGAGUCCGUAUCCGCAGUCUUACAACGAGAUAUGCCAGUAAAAUGUGGGGACCCUGGCAUGUUCUACAUUCCUUGUGUGAUAGGAACCAUGAAGGUGGAAAAGGCGAUGCUCGACUUAGGGGCAUCCAUCAACGUUAUGCCCUUAUCCAUGUAUCAGGACCUGGAGAUAGGACCGCUGAAGCCUACCCGAGUGGUGAUCCAACUGGCAGAUCGAUCAAAUGUCUACCCAGAGGGGAUAUUGGAAGACGUUCUGGUCAAAGUGGAGGAACUCAUCUUUCCAGCGGACUUUUACAUUAUCGACAUGGGGAAGUCAAAAGCACGAGAUCCGGUCAUGCUUUUGGGUAGACCGUUUCUAAAGACUGCCAGGACUCGCAUUGAUUGUGAUACGGGCAAGCUAACAUGUCAGUUCGAAGGGGAGACAGUAACAUUCGACAUAUACAAUGCCAUGAAACAUCUAGCCGAUACAGAGAUGGUAAAAAGUGUCGACAUGAUCGAGAAGGUUGUUGAGGAGGUUUCGCCCAGAACAGCAUUCAAGGAGCCAUAUGACAUUAUAAUCCAGAAUGGCAUAACCAAGGAGGACUUGCAAGAGGAAUCGUUGCAAGAGGCUGUGAAGGUACUAAAUGCUUGGAGCGAAGAAGUCAACUACACGGAGGCUCUGAAAAUCCCUACCUUGAAGGAGGAAGACCGACUGGUGCCUUCGAUCCAAAGGGCACCCAAGCUCGAGCUGAAGUCUUUGCCCAAACACCUCAAGUAUAUCUUCCUAGGCGAGGAUGACACUUUGCCCGUAAUCAUCAACUCAGAGUUGACACUCGAAGACGAGAACAAAGUCAAGAUGACUUUAGGGAAAUACAAGGAAGCAAUUGGAUGGACCCUAGCCGACAUUAAGGGCAUAAGCCCUACCGUAUGCAUGCACCGCAUAUUACUAGAGGAAGAUGCUGUUCCAGUCAGAGACCCCCAGAGGAAACUGAAUCCAGCCAUGAAGGAAGUGGUGAUGAAAGAGAUACUCAAACUAUUGGAUUUGGGCAUAAUAUACCCAGUAGCCGAUAGCAGGUGGGUAAGCCCAGUACACGUUGUGCCCAAGAAGUCGGGCAUACAAGUGGUGGAGAAUGAAUUCCGGGAGUUGAUUGCUACGAGGUUGCAAACCGGCUGGAGGGUGUGUAUUGACUACCGUAAGCUCAACCAAAAGACGAGGAAUGGAUGA